AUGGCUCCAAGUUUCAACAAUGGAAACUCACUAUUUGACUUUGUCGUCAGAGAUGGCAACGGUGUCAAAGGAUUGGCGGACUUAGGCCUAUCAGCGGUGCCGGACCGAUACAUCCAACCUCCGGAGGAGCGAAUAGAGAAGCAAAAAGCCAUUUCUGGUCACAUAGUCGCACCAAUUGAUUUAUCAAAGCUUGAUGGGCCUAGCCAUGAGCAGGUAGUGGAACAGAUUGCUGGGGCUGCUGAGGCCCUUGGGUUCUUCCAAGUUGUGAACCAUGGUGUGCCCGUCGAGUUGCUGGAGUCGCUGAAAGAUGCAGCGCACAACUUCUUCGCCCAAACGCCUGAGAAGAAAGCUAUUUACCGCAGCCCGCCGGUGAAGUAUGGGACAAGCUUUGCGCCGGAGAAAGAGAAAGCAUUGGAGUGGAAGGAUUAUAUUAGCAUGGCAUACACCUCUGAUGCUGAUGCUCUUCAGUAUUGGCCAAUGGAGUGCAAGGAAGUGGCGGUUGAGUACCUAAAGGCAAUAACGAAAAUGGUGAGAAAAGUAGUGGAGAUUCUGAUAGGGAAGCUUGGGGUGACACUGGAUCUGGAUGAUUCCAUAAUGAAUGGCCUCGUGGCUAGAAAAAUGGUUAACAUGAACUUCUAUCCAACGUGUCCCAAUCCGGAGCUGACAGUUGGCGUAGGAAGACACUCGGACAUGGGCACCCUAACUGUGUUACUACAAGAUGGAAUCGGAGGUUUAUAUGUCAAACUUGAAGAAGAUUUCGAUGCUCUAAAAAAGGGAGAGUGGAUGGAGAUUCCACCUAUCCCCGGUGCCCUCGUCAUCAACGUCGGGGAUGUGCUACAGAUAGUAAGUAAUGGAAGGUAUAAAAGCGCAGAACAUAGGGUGCGUACGAGCAGCAAUGAAUCCAGAGUGUCAAUCCCAGUAUUUACAGCCCCUAAACCCAGCGAGAAGAUAGGGCCGCUACCUCAAGUGCUGGAGACAGAUGGAGUGGCUCGUUACCGCCAGGUUGUGUUUCAGGAAUACAUGAACAACUUUUUCGGGAAUCCUCAUCAAGGAAAGAAAUCCCUUGAUUUCGCUAAGCCUUGA